UAAGACAGAGAGAAUGAUCGGAGAGAGAUGUUUAAUGUCUGAGGUUUCCAGACAACAGUAAAAAUAUAAAAAUAGUUUUGAAUGACUUGGUGCGUUACCGGCAUCUGAGUGUGGAGCGGUUCAGCAGGUACAACAGGUUGAACCUGCCAUACCAGCUUAACCUACUAGAUAAGCCGGACCUGCCCUACCUGCCCAACCAGCCUGAAUACCCGGCCCCGCCAGAGCUCCCGGACUGGCCGGGCACCAUGGCUGUCAAUGUGUACAGUACAAGUGUGACUACAGAUAAUCUUUCCAGGCAUGAAAUGCUAGCAUGGGUGAAUGAUUGCCUAGAAACUGAUUGUCUAAGAAUAGAGGAGUUAUGUACAGGAGCAUUGUACUGCCAGUUCAUGGACAUGCUCUUUCCAGGAUCAAUCUUGUUGAAGAAAGUGAAGUUCAGUACAAAAUUGGAACAUGAAUAUAUACAAAACUUUAAAUUACUUCAAGCAGUCUUUAACAAACUAAACGUAGAAAAGAUAAUCCCAGUUGACCGGUUGGUUAAAGGACGGUUCCAGGAUAAUUUUGAGUUCCUUCAAUGGUUUAAGAAGUUCUUCGAUGCUAACUAUGAUGGAAGACAUUAUGAAGCGUAUGCACAACGUGGGGGCAUUCUUGUGGGUGGAGAGGAUCGGAAAGGAGAUGGUUGGAUAAAUAAACCAUUAAGAUCUAGUUCAAGGUCUGCUUCCAGUAGUCAUAGUAGUCUUAGAGGCACUCCUUUACAUGGUGUGAAGACGACGCGGCACAUGAUGCAGAGAGCAUAUAGUGAUGCGGGGCCUAAUCUACAUAUCAGACAUUUAACACAGCAGAUUUUAGAUUUGAGAUUAACUGUUGAAGGAUUGGAGAGAGAAAGAGAUUUUUAUUUUGGAAAGCUUCGAGAUAUUGAGGUGGUGGUUCUUGAUAAAGGGAAUGGUUCCUCUUUUUGUCAGGAGAUAUUGGAUACAUUAUACUCCACAGAGGAGGGCUUUGCGGUUCCAGAUGAUAUAGAAAAUGUUGACGAGAACACAUUUUAAACUUAAUUAAUAUCUACAUUUUACAAGGAUCAAUUAAUGGGACUGUAGGCAUAGUUUCAAGUGUCGUAACGUAUCAAAAUUACGCGCACAGUCCCUUUAAAUACAGAAAAUUUUGCUCCAUUAUAGUAUGUAUGAAUUCACUAUUACGGAGUUGUUGUUUAAAGGGACUGUCAGCGUAAUUUCAAGUGACUCUCCAUAUAAUGAUGACAAUGCCCGAAAUACAACC